GUCUGCUCUUGGGCUAUGGUAUGUCCAUUGGAAGCCCGCCACAUUGCUUCGCUCCGCGACGUGUCGAAGUCAUGAUGUUAGCAAUACGCGCUUUAUGCGAGGGCUCAGCCGCCGCCCCCGCCCCCGACGCCGUCACGGCGACUUUCACGGCGGAACAAGACUAUGUCAGCAAGCAACCCAUGCGCCUCUCUCCUUAUCUAUCUGGAUGUCAUCUGGGCUACCGCGAGCAUUAUUGCUUUCGCCGUCGUUGCAGUGGUCGUGGUUGUCGCCGGGCUUCAGCUCGCCCUUUUCGGAAGCGAUACCAGGAAAAAAGGCGCGCGGCCCAACAGCAGGCGAUCGUGUCGCCCCCGGUGGGCGAGAGCGGCAAUUCGGCCGCGAUAGCGCACCCAGGCAACCGAUAUGCCGCCAAAGCCAUUGCGCAUAAUUGGCAUGAAGAGGGAAGAAGAGGCACUCGCCGUCAGCGAAACAUCAACGUGAAGCGCAGCAAGUCUACGUUCCUGCCCUAACCCUGCCACUCGCAGCAUGGCAGGGCGACCCCAAAGCGCUCCAG